AUGUCUGUUUUACAGCUGCACUCCAAUUCUGACAAAGGUGAUGGGUCUGUCAAGUAUAUCCUUACUGGAGAAGGUGCUGGGACUAUAUUUAUCAUUGAUGAUACCACAGGUGACAUCCACUCAACAAAAAGUCUAGACAGAGAGCAGAAGACCCACUAUGUGCUUCAUGCCCAGGCUAUUGACAGACGGACAAACAAACCUCUUGAACCUGAAUCUGAGUUUAUCAUCAAAGUGCAAGACAUCAAUGAUAAUGCUCCAAAAUUCACAGAUGGACCAUACAUCGUUACUGUUCCUGAAAUGUCAGAUAUGGGUACCUCUGUUCUACAGGUGACAGCUACUGAUGCAGAUGAUCCUACCUAUGGAAACAGUGCCCGGGUGGUUUACAGUAUUCUCCAGGGACAACCCUACUUCUCCGUAGAUCCUAAAACAGGAGUUAUUAGAACUGCCUUACAUAACAUGGACAGAGAAGCCAGAGAACACUACUCAGUGGUCAUUCAAGCCAAAGACAUGGCUGGGCAAGUUGGAGGGCUUUCGGGAUCUACAACAGUCAAUAUCACCUUGACUGAUGUAAACGACAAUCCGCCACGGUUUCCUCAGAAGCACUACCAGCUGUAUGUUCCUGAGUCAGCUCAAGUGGGUUCAGCUGUUGGGAAAAUCAAGGCAAAUGAUGCAGACACUGGCUCAAAUGCUGACAUGACAUAUUCCAUCAUAAAUGGUGAUGGUGUUGGGAUAUUCUCCAUCUCCACUGACAAAGAGACUAGAGAAGGGAUCCUUUCUUUAAAGAAGCCACUGAACUAUGAGAAAAAGAAGUCAUAUACCCUCAACAUAGAAGGAGCAAAUACACAUCUUGACUUUCGCUUUUCUCACUUGGGUCCUUUUAAAGAUGCUACUAUGCUGAAGAUCAUUGUUGGGGAUGUAGAUGAACCACCACUAUUUUCCAUGCCUUCCUAUGUCAUGGAAGUCUAUGAAAAUGCCAAGAUCGGGACCAUCGUUGGUACAGUUUUGGCACAAGAUCCUGACAGUGCUAAUAGCUUAGUAAGAUACUUCAUCAAUUAUAAUGCUGAAGAUGACAGAUUUUUCAACAUUGAUGCCAAUACUGGAACCAUUAAGACUACAAAGGUUCUUGACAGAGAAGAAACUCCUUGGUACAACAUCACAGUUGCUGCUUCAGAAGAUGAUAAUCCUGGUUUGCUGAGCCAUGUCACAGUGGGUAUUAGAGUUCUGGAUGUCAAUGACAAUCCACCUGAACUUGCCAGGGAAUAUGAUAUUGUUGUCUGUGAAAAUUCUAAGCCUGGCCAGGUUAUUCACACCAUCAGCGCCGUUGAUAAAGAUGAUUUUGCCAAUGGACCAAGGUUUAACUUCUUUCUCGAUGAACACCUGCCAAUGAACCCAAACUUCACUCUUAAGGACAAUGAAGAUAACACAGCCAGCAUUCUGACAAGGCGGAGGAGAUUUAGUCGAACUGUUCAGGAUGUGUAUUAUCUGCCCAUUAUGAUCUCUGAUGGUGGAAUCCCCUCUCUCAGCAGCAGCAGCACCCUCACCAUCAGGGUUUGUGCAUGCGAGAGAGAUGGGCGUGUGCGGACCUGCCAUGCAGAAGCGUUCCUGUCCUCGGCUGGUUUGAGUACAGGAGCCUUAAUCGCUAUUCUUCUCUGUGUUGUCAUUCUCCUGGCAAUUGUGGUACUUUUUAUCACCCUGAGGCGCAGCAAGAAAGAGCCCUUGAUCAUUUCAGAGGAGGACGUGCGGGAGAACGUUGUCACCUACGAUGACGAGGGAGGGGGAGAGGAAGACACCGAGGCCUUUGACAUCACAGCCUUGAGGAACCCUUCUGCUGCCGAGGAGCUCAAGUACCGGAGAGAUAUCAGACCUGAAGUGAAGCUCACUCCCAGACACCAGACAUUGUCCACCCUGGAAAGUAUAGAUGUUCAGGAAUUUAUUACGCAGAGACUAGCAGAAGCAGACCUAGACCCUAGCGUCCCGCCUUAUGACUCUCUUCAGACUUACGCCUAUGAGGGUCAGAGGUCGGAAGCUGGGUCUAUCAGCUCGCUGGAUUCGGCAACGACACAAUCAGAUCAGGAUUAUCACUACCUUGGAGACUGGGGACCCGAGUUUAAAAAGUUAGCUGAACUCUAUGGAGAAAUAGAAUCCGAAAGAACAACUUAGGGGGUCAAUUCUUGCAACCUUGUAGAAUUUGCUUCCUGAGCAAGUGGAGAUAUAACCUCAGCAAUGACAAGGAAGAAGUGUGAAAACAGUACUUGGGACUGGGCAAGCUGUACACAGCUCCUUUAGAAACAAGUGCCCUUUUCAUCAUCGAAACUGGGUUAUUUCAUUGGAAGGAAGU